AGCGGUGUGGGCCCGAGCGCCCCCACCCCUCCGCCGAGGUGCUGUGCCCGCCCCGGGCGCGGCCACCCAGGGACCAUGGCCGCGCGGCGCUAAAGGCGCGCGCGGUGAAGCGCCGAGGCCUCGGGGCCCCUCCCCGCCGCCGUGGAGAUGGCCGCGCGCCGGGCGCCCCGGGCUGCUGCGCCGGGGCUGCUCGCGGCGCUCGUCGCGCUCGCGGCCUGCCCAGCCUCGCACGGCGAGCACGCGCCCGAAGCGAGGGCGCUCGGCUGCGAGGCGCCCUGCGGUCCGGCCGGCCCCGAGGACUCCUCGGGCAACUGCCGGACCCGCGUGCUCUGGCUGUCGGAGCACAGCUUCGCCGAGCAGCCGCAGCCGUGCCUCCUGGCCUUCCAGCAGGUUCUCGACGAGUGCCCCGAGUGCUCCCACUGCAGCCCGGCAGAAACUCGCUGCUUUUCCGCCGGGGAGGAGAACGUCCCAGCGCCUGAGUGGGCCGCCGAGGCAGCGAAGGCCUUGUCGGCAGCUGGCGCCGGAGGGCGAGGACAGUCCCCCGCUGCGAUCUUGAACGAGUCGUUGGCCCAGCAGUUCGACAAGACACAUGCGAUCGAGGGCCCCGCCGCCGACCUCGCCGUGCCUGGCUUGCAGCACUUGGCCGCCAUCUGCAGCACACUGCUGGCGGUCGGCCUCUCUUGCCGCGCCUGUGCUUGGUCGGGCCAUGUCGUGCGGGUCGGCGCCAGUUCCUCCACGGGCGCUAGCGUACCAGGUGCAGCAGGUGAGCGCAGGGGCUACUCCUACGCGCCAGUGCCCAGGUCGGACCCUGCCGCCCGCUGACUCCACGCCCCGAAUUGGUGCAACUGUUGUAGUGCUCGCUUUCUGCAGGUACUGCUCGCAACCGGUGUAAUGCAAGCUGUGCUUACUGGUGGGGUGGAGCCAACGCACGCGCCUCCCACUCGUUUUCCACUAGAGCCACUCGUCGCAAUCCUUCUGCACAUUCGCCCCUGCUCGUUGCUGCCAGUCCCCAGUGCCCCGCCAUUUCGUUUCCCUCAAACGCACUAAUGCGGAUCACAGUUUUCGUCCCCUCCUCGAUGUUGCACAGACGUGUCUCGCGUGCACGUGUCUCGCUUCGACUGGAUGGGGGUGCGAUUUCAGCGUGCGGCUCUGUUGAAAAGCAUCUGUUUGUUCGGCCUCAUAUUCUUC